CCAUGGCUUGCCGCGCAGCGUUAUACCUGUUGGCACUGACCGCAUCGAUCACCCACGUUUUAGGUGCAAAAAAUCCAAACGAUAUACUGCGCCACUCAAUCACACGCCACGGAUAUCCGGUCGAGCUGCACAAAGUCACCACGCAGGACGGCUACAUCCUCACGCUCGUGCGCAUCCCGGGCAAGGGAGCACCGGUGCUCAUCAUGCACGGUUUGAUAGCCUCCUCGGUAGAUUGGACCGUGCAGGGGCCGGACAAAGCGCUCGCCUUCAUAGCCGCCGACCAAGGGCACGACGUUUGGCUGGGGAAUGUGCGCGGCAACACGUUCUCCAAAGAGCACAUCAAGCUCUCCCGCAAAGAUGCCGAAUACUGGCGCUUCAGCUUCCACGAGAUGGGCCUGUACGAUCUGCCCGCCAUGGUGGACUACAUCCGCCUCAACAGCUCCUCCGAUACGCUGCACUACAUCGGCCACUCGCAGGGCGGUGCCGUGUUUCUGGUGAUGGCAAGCAUGCGCCCGCUGUACAACCGGAAGUUUGCCAGCGUGCAUCUGAUGGCACCGGCCGCUUACAUUCACCGGGCCACCUCGCCCGUGUUUCAGUUCACCACGCGCGUCGAGGAGCUGGAAACGAUCGCGAAAAUGACACGCACGUACGAGAUAGUGGGCCGUGGGGCGGGGUCACCGGUGGAGCUGCUGCACGCUGGCCACAAGAUGGGCCUGAUCCCGACCGAUCUGGUGCUGACGAACGUGUGGUACUUUACCGGCGUGCACGAUUCGAUCAAUCGGUCGAUCGUGGGCGACAUACUGGCGAACACGCCGGCGGGAUGCUCGCUGUACCAGCUGCUACACUUUGGCCGGAACCAUUUGGCCAAGUCGUUCCAGCAGUACGAUUACGGGCCGGACGGGAAUGUGAGGCGGUACGGGGCGCGAGUGCCGCCCGAGUAUCCGCUCGCGAAUGUGACCGCUCCGAUCUCGCUGUACUACAGUGAGGCGGACAACUUUGUGCCGGCGGAGGACGUGGAGGACCUGGCGGACAGCCUGCCGAACGUGGUGCACAAGCAUCGGAUCGGGUUGCGCAAGUGGAACCACAUCGACUAUCUGUACGAUACGAACGCGCACCGGCUGUAUCGGUCGGUGGUGGCAUCACUGACGGAUCAGCGCGGGACGGCUGAGAAGAAAUGAUGGACUGGAGGGACACAGGGAAAGAUGUAAAAGUUGGUUUAUUGACAUGGAAAAACUUCAAAAUUUAUUGUUUUUUAUUCAACAACCUUCACCACUGCGGCGCAUAUUUUGCUACUUUCGUACCAACUACACUCUGUUGCACAAUGUA